AAAUCUCCGACCUAAGUACAUGACUCACCUACUAAUAUUUCUCCCGGCAGCUCUCCGAUCUCGAGGCGAGUCGAAAUAUGCCGACAAGCAAACGAGUCGCCAGACAGGGUCCCCAAAUAAAACUAAUACUUGCAGUUAAUCCGUCAUUAUCUGUUAUCUGAAUCCUUGAUUUUUUCGACUUUCUUGCUUCUACACGAGAAGAAGGCAGUAGAAACACUGUGGGAAAAGCAGAAAAAAGAAAAGAAAACGGCAAAAUGAGUAGCAGAUUGACAGCAUCCCCACAAUCCUGUUCGGUAUUUUCAAUUCCUCGAAUCCCAUCGCGCGAUAACCGUAUGUUUCCGUCAAACCUCAAGCCUGUGUCAUCUGGGUUGCGGAAAUCUCCAAGUAUCAGUUUGAGGUGUAAUAGUACUGGUGAUUCAGGUGAGAACGAGAGCAGAUCUGUUUUAGAUGCAUUUUUCUUGGGGAAGGCUUUGGGAGAAGCACUUACGGAGCGAAUAGAGUCAACUGUGGGUGAGAUUCUCAGCGUAAUUGGGAGCCUGCAAGCCGAGCAGCAAAAGCAAAUACUAGAAUUCCAGCUUCAUCCGGAACUAAAAUUCUCCACGAGUGGAUUAUGUUUUAUUUACCUGAGAAACCUCAAUUGUUCGAGGUCAGUGUCAGAUAGUUUUCAUCUGUGGGAGAAAGAGUCUCUGUCACCAUUGUAGUCUUUCCAAAUGAACAUUUUGGUUCCUGCUUAUUGUCUUGACAGGAAGAAGUGUUGGAAAAAGCUAGACGAGCCAAAGAGCAAGCCUCACGGGACGCUGUGGAAGCGCAAGGACUAGUUUCCAAGUCUACUGCGCUUGGAGUAUCAACUGUUAACAGUGUUUUAGAAACUACAUCCACCGUCUCUGAUUCUGUUAUCUCCGCUGCAUCAUCGACACAGAAGCCCACCAAUGAUGAUCCUUUUUUGGGGCUACUAAAUAAGAAUUGAUCAUUAGUUGUAUCCUUGUGGCAGUAUGUUCUCUAUGUAUCCCAAAACAG